GUGUCGGUGGCGGGAGAUUGAGGGGAGAAGCGGCGUGAGCGAGUGUCUGAGUUUUAACAGAUGGCAAUGCAAUCUGCAAGAAAUAAGGCACCUGGUGGCACUGGCGAUGGAAAUCGGCCACAGGCGAAGAGGCUCCGUGGAGAUUGGGAUGAUGAUGGCCCAUCACAGUUUGAAGAGGAGCUGGCAUAUCUUGAUGAAGUGGAGGCGGAAAUGGCAAUGGAUGCCAAGGAACAACAAGCAUCACAUGAUGUGGUUCCAAUUGGAAACUUGUUUUCUUCCAAGGUUAUAAACAACAAAUGGCAGCGCCCGCCAGCACCCAAAAUUGACCCGCAAGUAGAUAAUAUCGCCUUCCAGCAGGUGGAGCUGGAGUACUAUGUGGGAUCUCACGUUGCUGGAAUGCCUGGGAGUAAACAGGGGCCAGUUCCUGUUACUCGUAUGUUUGGAAUUACGAUGGAAGGGAACAGUGUCUGCUGCCACGUGCAUGGAUUCAUGCCCUAUUUCUAUGUUAAGGCACCACCUGGAUUCGGUUCAGAACACCUCCAUGAUUUUCAACGGGAAUUGAACACAACUGUGAUUAAGGACAUGAGAUCAAACAAGGACAACAUUUCGCAAGCAGUUUUGGCAGUUGAUAUCUGUAUGAAAGAGAAUAUGUACGGUUAUGGAGGAAAUACGAAGACACCAUUUCUGAAGAUUACGAUGGCACUACCUCGUUUAAUCGCUCCUGCUAAGCGCCUGCUGGAGCAAGGAUUCCGCUUUGGAUCAACUCCGAUGUGUAAUUAUCAGUCAUAUGAGGCCAACAUAGACUUUGAAAUCAGAUUCAUGGUGGACAGUGAUGUUGUUGGCUGCAACUGGAUAGAACUACCAGCUGGAAAGUACUUGUUAAGAGAAGAACAAACAACCGGAAACUCGACAGCUACAAGGGACAAUCCUAGAAAGGUAACACUGGCGCAGAUUGAGGUGGAUGUUGCCUGGACGGACUUUAUCAGUCACCCCGCUGAAGGAGAAUGGCAGAAAAUCCCUCCACUUCGAGUGUUGAGCUUUGACAUAGAGUGUGCCGGCAGGAAGGGUGUUUUUCCAGAGGCUGACAAAGACCCUGUAAUACAGAUUGCUAACAUGAUGCUGCGACAGGGCGAAAAGGAUCCCUUCAUCCGUAAUGUCUUCACCCUUUGGCCUUGUGCUAGCAUUGUAGGGUCACAGGUCCUGUGCUUUGAGAAGGAGAAUGAGCUGCUAAAGGCUUGGUCAGAGUUUAUCAGAGUGGCUGACCCUGACAUAAUUACUGGAUACAACAUUCAGAACUUUGACUUACCUUAUCUGAUUAACCGGGCGCAAACACUCAAGGUGAUGACUUUUCCAUUCCUGAGUCGUAUUCCCACCAUUAAGUCUGUAAUCCGGGAUUCCUCAUUUCAGUCCCGACAGAUGGGCCGCAGAGAGCAUAAAGUGAUCAAUAUUGAGGGAAGAAUACAGUUUGAUCUCCUGCAGGUGUUACUACGAGAUUACAAACUGCGAUCAUACACACUGAAUGCAGUGAGUUUCCAUUUCCUGCAGGAGCAGAAGGAAGACGUUCAGCACUCAAUCAUCACAGACCUGCAGAAUGGUAAUGAGCAAACACGAAGGCGAUUAGCUGUCUACUGCCUAAAGGAUGCUUACCUGCCCCUGCGGCUGUUGGAGAAAUUGAUGUGUGUAAUUAACUAUAUGGAAAUGGCCAGAGUGACAGGAGUACCCCUAUCCUAUCUCCUCUCAAGAGGACAGCAAAUCAAAGUGGUCUCUCAGUUGCUCCGACAGGCAAUGAAGCAUGAUCUGGUGAUGCCUGUGGUCAAAACAGAGGGUGGAGAGGACUACACUGGCGCCACUGUCAUUGAGCCAGUUAAAGGGUACUAUGAUGUCCCCAUUGCAACUCUGGAUUUUUCCUCACUGUAUCCAUCUAUAAUGAUGGCACAUAACCUCUGUUACACAACACUGCUGAAACCAGGUGCUGUGGAGAAGUACAAUUUUUCUUCAGACCAAUUCAUUAAGACUCCAACAGGCGACCAAUUUGUCAAAGCUUCAGUGCGAAAAGGUUUACUUCCAGAAAUCUUGGAAAAUCUUCUAUCUGCAAGGAAAAAGGCAAAGGCAGAACUAAAGAAAGAGACGGACCCAUUCAAACAAAAGGUUCUUGAUGGUCGUCAACUUGCCCUGAAAGUGAGCGCAAAUUCGGUGUAUGGUUUCACCGGAGCACAGGUCGGCAAGCUACCUUGCCUGGAAAUAUCACAGAGUGUUACUGGGUUUGGCCGGCAAAUGAUUGAGAAAACAAAGCAACUUGUUGAAUCGAAGUACACCAUUGCAAAUGGCUACAAAGCAGAUGCUAAGGUAAUUUAUGGCGACACAGAUUCUGUCAUGUGUAAACUGGGAACUGAGACCGUGAAGGAAAGCAUGGCUUUGGGUCGUGAGGCAGCUGAAUGGGUUUCAAGUCACUUCAUUCCCCCCAUUAAACUGGAGUUUGAAAAGGUGUAUUUCCCAUAUCUGCUGAUCAACAAAAAACGCUACGCUGGAUUGUACUUUUCCUCCAACCCAAAUACCCAUGAUAAGAUGGAUUGCAAGGGUAUAGAGACGGUGAGAAGGGAUAAUUGCCCACUGGUAGCCAACUUGAUCAAUACUUGUCUUCAGAAGAUUUUAAUUGACAGGGAUCCAGCAGGAGCAGUCGAGCACGCAAAAGAAGUUAUCUCUGAUUUGCUGUGUAAUAGGAUUGACAUCUCACAGCUCGUGAUUACAAAGGAACUCACAAGGAUGGCUGAUGAGUAUGCAGGGAAACAGGCCCAUGUGGAGCUAGCAGAAAGGAUGCGAAAGCGAGAUGCAGGCAGCGCACCGAAUCUUGGAGACCGAGUGCCCUAUGUCAUCAUCAGUGCUGCAAAAGGUGUAGCGGCCUACAUGAAGUCUGAGGAUCCAAUCUAUGUUCUGGAGAACAACAUUCCAAUUGAUACGCAGUAUUAUCUGGAGCAGCAACUUGCAAAACCGCUUCUGCGAAUCUUUGAGCCCAUCUUGGGAGAGACCAAGGCAGAAGCUGUGCUCCUGAGGGGAGAACACACGAGAUGCAAGACUGUGCUGACGUCAAAGGUGGGUGGGCUCAUGGCCUUUGCAAAGAAAAGAAGCACAUGCAUAGGAUGCAAAGCCGUGCUUAAUGAUAAUGGUGCUGUGUGCAGUUACUGCAAAUGUCGUCAGUCUGAGUUGUACCAGAAGGAGGUAUCUCAGCUGAAACUACUAGAGGAGAAGUUUUCACGCUUGUGGACUCAAUGCCAGCGAUGUCAGGGUAGUUUGCAUGAGGACGUGCUUUGUACCAGUCGGGAUUGCCCUAUAUUCUACAUGCGGAAAAAAGUGCAGAAGGACCUUGGUGACCAGGAGAAAGUAAUGAUGCGAUUUGGACCAGCUACUUGGUGAUGAGAGGAGCAAAAGAUCAGGAGAUAUUAGGGUGGGGCAGAGAAAGACAUUUUAAAAUAAAUGACUGGAAAUGUUACUUCAUAGGAUACAGAAACUGAUUGUUUCUGACCAAUGACACUGCAAUUUGAAGAGAAGCCUAUCAGAUAUUAUAAGCUCCAGAUUUGCUUUCCGAUUGUAAACAUCUUUCAAGCUGAGCAGGUAUUCAUUCGUGGCCUCAAACUCAGCAUCUGAAGAAUGUCUAAAUCAACAGCAAGUGGGAUUUUUUUUGUUACCAAAUGCAGUUGCCCUAAUCUUUGGGAAGGAAUUGGCAAAGGAAGGGAACAUUCCAAUGAAGAGUGUGCCGAUUUUUCAGACGUAUUAUAACGGAUACAGAAUUUGAAAGAUUCAUUGGAUGUUUUGCAAUGCCACUGCCAUUGAAAUACUUCUUUUUAUACACUAACGGAAGACAUUUGGAUUGCCAAUAUGCUAAAUCCACUGCUGUUUCAAAAGGCGAAGAGAUAUUUUUAUAGCAACUUUAGUAGUUGAAUUGUCCGACCAGUGGCUUGAUUGAAGUGCUCAUGAUCUGGAUGAGUGGAUGAAUUAAGUGUCAAUGAGGUUAUGGAUUUUGUUAUUCUUAGGAAAAGUUUUCUUGGAUUUCAUUGAUCCUUAUUGCAGCAUUACCAAAUUCAGUAACUACAAGGACAUUUGAAUCUGUUGAUUAGCUGGAGGAUUUUUCCCCAUUCACAGACAUUUAAAACAAUACUGCCUUCUGGCCAUCUCUUCUAUAUUAGCUGAUUGGAGUUGUAGGAAUUGAAAUUGGGAAUGGUUUGAGGCACUUGUAUGUCGUAUAUAUUCUCCAACCAAUCAAAGUAACCCCCACCCACUCUCCUAGAAGUACCUGUGAAUCACGUGUUACAUGCGUGUAGGGCAGAAGAAUAUGAUUAAAACGUAAAUUUAAAAUCUUUCACAGAUGGUAUGUUUUUGCUCCCAGUUGUAAAUUUUAAGCUGUUCUAUUCAACCAGAUUUUGAAGAAUCUUUUGCAGGUGUUGUCAGCUGAACCAGAACAUAACUAAUCCUGGACUAGUUGGCAAGUGGAAUUUCUAUAUCCCCGAUAUUGAGCACAUCAAUUCUCAAUGUUUGAAAAUAUUGGAUAGCUAACACCUGGACAGUAAUGUCUGGAGCUGCACAUAGCCUUCCGCUUGUAUUGUGUUGGCUUUAGAAUGAGCUUAAUUAUUGAUCACUUCCUGGAUUGGGAGAGGGAUGGAUAUCAAAUGCAUUGCUCUUCUGAUGCCACUUUUUCUGUAACCAGUGGUUCAGGGUACAGUUCCAGUCAUGAUCAUUCUGGUAACACUCCAGAAUAACUAGCCUAUAUGUGCAGUGAUCCAUGUUGGUGUUCAAGAGUGACCCCCAUUACAGUUAAACUUGACUCUUCUGCCACCAGGGUGACAGGGGUUUAUCCACAGGUAACGAUCAGUAAACGAAACCUCCUUAGUCCUACAUUUACUGAAGUCUUAUUCUGAUUUCUAGGGUCACUGAUACCGGCUGACAAAAUAAAUCAAAACUGACUUCUCUGGUCUGAUUUGGUUUGGCACGAUAUCAAUUGCUGCAUUUACCUACAGAGCUGUAAGAAUACUAUGUGAAAUUCCACCAUUCAACCACAUCACAAGUUUUCAGUUGCAUCAAUCUUUAUGCCAGGCUCGAUGAUAGUUGUUUUCUCAUUCACUGAUAGGUGGAAUUUAUUCAGAGUUUCACACAAGUAAGACUUUGUACAAAUCAUUUUUAUAUAAUCAUACGUAUUUUGAGUGAUGACUUUUGUAUUUGAGAAAUAAAAGUGCUAACUUUGUGACAAA